AUGGCCAUCACAGCCGUCUCCUCUUCGACGGGACGCCGCUCCCCUCAGAAGCUGGGGUCCAACAGGGCGACCCGCUCGGGCCUUUGCUCUUGGCAAUCGCCCUCCAACCGGCUCUGCGGGCUGUUGCUGCUGGCCCCCCAGGACAGCGCCCUGACACGGUCUUUGAGUUUCUUGAUGAUCGGCCUUGCUGGAGGAGUUCGGGAGGUCAGCGCGGCCCUGGCCAGGCUGACGGCGGCCAGACAAGUCGGGCUCGACCUCAACCCUGGCAAGUGCUGCCUCACUACCUGCAGCGAUGACGGACUGUUCGACAGGCACUUGUUCCCUGCAGCAGGCAUGCCGCUUAACCGCUCCGGGGCCUUCACCUUGCUGGGCGCUGCUGUUGGCAACAGGGCAUUCUGCGAACACCACACCAUGACCAAGCGGGUUGAGGCCAGCGAGCCACUGCUCACUGCUCUUGGGGAGCUACAGGUACGAGCGGCCUUGGAGGCCAGUACACCACUCUCACCGGAAGCUUGGGAGCAAGCCUCCCUCCCAACCAGCAUGGGCGGCUUGAGGCUUCGCCGGGCUGCUCGGCGCAGCGCCGCCUACUUGGCCUCAGUGAUUGCCACCAUGGACCUCUGCAAGGAACUGGACCCCGCCUAUUGCCCUUGCCUCGACAAUGUGCUAGCGGCCUACAACCAGGACGUGCCGGAAGCUGACCGCACUGGACCGAGUCACACUCAGCCAUCUUGGCGCUGCUGGAAGCCUAUCGGGCGCACCUUCAACUACUGCAACAGCCGCGGGCUGGCGCUUGGCUACAUGCACCUCCUUGCAGAAUGCCUCGGGCUUCACGUGACACCGACCCUCUUUCGCAUCAUGGUCCUCAUGCGUCUCGGGAUGCCUAUUGCUGCAGCCGACUCGGCUUGCCUGCUGUGUGAUGCGACCAAUUACCAUUCCGAAUGGGUGACCAUCCGCGGGUGUGCCCUUGUGCCAAGCGCCACAACUGGUUGCGUGCCAUCCUUGCUGCCCGAGCCAAGGCAGUGGGCCUCAGCCCUGAAGAUGAGAAACCAGGGCUGGCCUGAGGAUGGCGGCGCGACGGCAGUGGCAGCAGGCCACCGGCCAGUAGACGUUUGGGUGCCGCAGUGGUCCCUGCAUGGCGCAGCGGCCUUCGACCUGGCA